GGCACAGAGCCGACCGAUCCCGUUACGGAAUAUUGAAAUUUAUAUUUCCAUUUCAGUGUAUUAUAUAUUUGGUUUGCUACGCCGUGGCGGCAGAACAGAGCCGAGUGAAAGAAGGCACCAUGCAAGAGGGGGACAUGAGACCAGGACGACAAGGACAGUUUUACACUCCAAACGUGUGAGCUGCAAGAUGGCACAGCAGCUGUGCCUUUGACGGCGACCAAGCAUCCUUCCCACGUCGACGUUGUCUGAUUAAGCAGCAUCAUGGCUUUUUGCAAUGAAAGCCUGCUGGAGGGCUGCGACCUGAUGGAGCCGGAUGACGUCGUUGAAACCACAAAGAGCACGCCAUCCGACCCGGGGGCGCCUCUCAUAUCAGUCACGUUGCGCGUGACUCUGGCCGCCGUCAUGAUCUUCAUGAUCACCAUCGGAUUCCUGGGCAACUCCAUCGUGUGCUUGAUCGUCUACCAGAAGCCGGCCAUGCGGUCCGCCAUCAACCUCCUCCUCGCCACGCUGGCCUUCUCGGACAUCAUGCUGUCGCUCCUGUGCAUGCCCUUCACCGCCGUCACGCUAGGGAGCGGCGACUGGAGUUUUGGGAGAGGAUUCUGCCGCGCCUCCAUCAUGCUCUACUGGCUCUUUGUCUUGGAGGGAGUGUCCAUACUCCUCAUCAUCAGCGUGGACCGCUUUCUCAUCAUCGUACAGCGCCAGGACAAGUUGACGCCGCACAGAGCAAAGGUCUUGAUCGCAGGGUCGUGGUUGUUAAGUUUAUGCAUCUCUUUACCGUCCGUCGUGGGCUGGAGGACCGGGGCCGCAGACAUAGGGGAUGCCUGGGCGCCGCAGUGUGUGUUGGGUUACAGUGAGUCCGUGGCCGACCGGGCCUAUGCCAUCCUCUUGGCGGUUGCGGUCUUCUUCGCCCCCUUUUCCGUCAUGCUCUACUCUUACUUGUGCAUCCUUAGCACAGUUCGCCACAACACCCUGCGUGUCCACAGCCACGCCAGCGAGCACUCCUGCCUGCCGGCCCUCAACCAAGUCAGCAAACGGAGGCUCAUCGGGCUGCAGAGACACCCCCACAUUAAAGUGGACAUGAGCUUCAAAACCAGAGCCUUCACCACCAUCCUCAUCCUCUUCGUGGGCUUCUCAGCGUGCUGGCUGCCAUACACCGUGGUGAGCCUGCUGGCAGUGUUCAGCCGCCGCUUCUACUACAGCCCGGUCUUCUACCCCAUCAGCAUAGGCGCCCUGUGGCUCAGCUACCUGAAGACGGUUUUCAAUCCCAUCAUCUACUGCUGGAGGAUCCGAAAGUUCCGGGAGGCGUGUCAGGAAUUUGUCCCAAAAAGCUGCCGUCUGUGUCCAAAAGUGGCAGGGCGGAGCCGAAGGAGGGUGCGACCAAGCAACAUUUACGUCUGCAGCGAGACGCAGUCGGCAGUGUGAAAGACGCAAAAUGUCAACUUUUUAAGGUUAAUCUGAUUAUCAAGUACAUACGAAUUUCCUCCCUCUUGCUUGUGAUUUUUACAUCAUUUGUGUUGGUUUUCACUGCGGACAUGUUGACUAUUUUUUAGAGCGAAAACGUGUUAAGACGCCUCUGCUGGUUGCAGCCAAGUAGCCCACUCCAUUUAAAGGCCAUCAAUUAACAAUCAAUAUCACACAAUUGUACCAAUCCGUUGUGGUGAAGAAGGAGCUUAGAGAUAGGGUGAGAAGCUCUGUCAUCCGAGAGGAGCUCAAAGUAAAGCCACUGCUCCUCCACAUCGAGAGGAGCCAGAUGAGGUGGCUCGGGCAUCUGGUCAGGAUGCCUCCCGAACGCCUCCCUAGGGAGGUGUUUAGGGCACGUCCAACCGGUAGGAGACCACGGGGAAGACCCAGGACACGUUGGGAAGACUAUGUCUCCCGGCUGGCCUGGGAACGCCUCGGGAUCCCCCGGGAAGAGCCAGAUGAUGUGGCUGGGGAGAGGGAAGUCUGGGCUUCCCUGCUUAGGCUGCUGCCCCCGCGACCCGACCUCGGAUAAGCGGAAGAAGAUGGAUGGAUAUCACACAAUUGACGGAAUUGUUAACAGUUGAAUAAUUUAUUUCUUUUUUACUUGUAACGUUGUGGUUGAAAAUGUCUAUCUGAAUGUUAUGAACUCCUAUUUCCAUGUCAUCGGUGUAUCGAACAGAAUAAUGUUGCAAUAACGAAGGCCAUAGUUUAGCUUUCGACAGCCAACGUGUUGACGUUUUAUUUAGAGCAGAAACGUGUCAAAACAUUAUCAACAGCGCCUUUGCUGGUUGCACAUUCCACAUAAAGGGGAACUACACUUUUUUCUUUUAAUUUUACCUAUUGUUCACAAUCAUUAUGAAAUACAUUAAGACAGAUGUUUUUUUAAUCCAUUUUAACUCAUAAAACCCAAUUAAAAACAUCCAAAAACCGCCAACAGUACUCUAUUUACAUUUCGUGACUUGAAUAUUUAGCAAGUAUUGGUGAUAUUGUUUAUAAGCGCUAACACAUGACAAGCCGUGACCACAAUCUAUGUGAACAAUAUCGAACGAUUAGCUGUAUCCUAGCUUUCCUGCUUGUGGAAGUUUAUUGUGGAUCAUAAAUCAUGCCUCUCACCUGGAGUGUAGAAGGAUGAGGAUGUAAACCAACAAGUUGGUACACUUUGGCAGCCUAGUUAGACCUGAAAUGGCGAAUAACGACACUUAACGAUGCUUGGUUCCAUCUAAACGUGAAUAUAACAAGAUUCCAACAGUCGGCAUGCUAAUGACAGCAUAAAUCGUACAGUAAGUGAUGUUUUAUUAUACCUGUUGGCUAUCAUGAAGUCUGAGGAUGUAAUCCAACAAGUUGGUACACUUUGACAGCCUAUAAAGAUGCUUGGUUCCAUCUAAACGGGAAUAUAACAAGAUUCAAUAAGUCGGCAUGCUAAUGACAGCAGACAUUGUACAGUAAGUGAUGUUUUAUUAUACCUGUUGGCUCUCAUGAAGUCUGAGGAUGUAAUCCAACAAGUUGGUACACAUUGACAGCCUAUUUAGACCUGAAAUGGCAAAAAACGACACUUAAAGAUGCUUGGUUCCAUCUAAACGGGAAGAUAAGAAGAUUCCAACAGUCGGCAUACUAAUGACAGCAGACAGUGUACAUUAAGUGACGUUUCAUCAUGCCUGUUGGCUCUCAUGAAGUCUGCAGUGACUUUUGAUCAGUGAUUUAGUUGAACAAAAAAAAAGUUGUGAUGCGUUUUUGAAAUUAAUGCGCUGAAAAUUCCAAAAAUUAUCAAAAUAUGUAAAUAUUAAAUGUUAUUAUGAAUGUGCCCAUUACUACAUUACAUAUAUACUUACAUAAUGUAUAUAAGACCUUAAUAGUGGUGUUGGGAUGUUUUUUGGCAGAUUAGAGCAGCUCCCUUAUGCUCCAUUGUAAGCAGACUUUAGUUCGUAUUUAUUUUUUAAAAAGCAUUAGAAAAACUUAAACAUAUGUGUUCUUGUCUUACAUAAGAAUUGUGAAUGAUAGGCAACAUUCCCCAAAAAAGUGCCGGAUUGCCAUAUUUUUUUGUUUGUUUUGUAGGGAUUCAUAUUUCGUAUUAUUGCUGUCAAAGCACUUCGGAGGAGAAAAGCGACACCAUGCUUUUCACGCGUUAAUAGCACAAAAUGUGGAUUCUUAUGGUCAUGGUUUGAUUGUCCAAGAUGUAUGGUAAUGUAAUCUGUGAUAUUUCUACCUGAAAAAAUGCUUAAGAUAUUCUGUAUCAUGUUGAACAAGUUAAUUCAUAUCUCUAUCAUAAUCAUAUUAUAAAGUAGUAUACACUUUUUUUCAAUCUGCUAUAAAACAUUUAUUUAGGUAGAAAUAUAAUAUAUUACACUGCAAAACAUCUUUGACAAAGCAUGAUCGUAAUGUUUAUUUUGUUAUGGUUGUUAGACCAGAUUUAACACGCAGCGCUAUUAUUGUGUGAUUAGUAUGAGAAGAGGUGUUUUGAAGACGUGAAAGUUCUGAGAUAAAAAAAUGAAUCUAAACUUCCUGCUCACCAUCUUUCUAUUCUGAUUAGCUUUUAUUCAAUUUUACUACUGCAGUUACUGUAACCAUCUACAUUUUAUGUUAUCAAUGCACUCAACCGUAAUCCAAACAAGGAAGUAAAGCUUAUUCUUUCUUCAAGGUAAAAUAGUUUUGUAUUGUCAGGAAAACAACUUUGGACACAGGAUUUCCAUAAUGUCCCCUUUUCCUUGUACAUUCUUGCUUGCUAUUUACGAGUUGCGGCUCAACAAUAACUGAACGCCAUUACAUUUCCUACGCUACAGAAUGGACCAUUGGUCAAAAACGAGUCAGCACGCAUGUGCAUUAAUAGUGCGUUAUUAUCAUGUUUACUUUGACAGAGUUUUUUUUUUUACUGCUAAUGUUAUGGAGGAGUUGGGCUGUAGCUUGAGUUGCCAUAAUGCUGCUAUUCUAUAAAUAGCAAACUGGAGAAUGGGAGAAUGUCUCCCUGAAUGUUCUGAAUUCCUGUUUCCAUGUCAGUGUUGUAUUGAGCAAAAUGAGGAGUAGAGGAAGAGUUGUGCCAUAGCAAUGUCUUUGUGGAUGCAGCUCAACUUCCACAACCUGAUGCCAUGCUGUCCUUUAGACCAGUGGUCCCCAACCUUUUUGAAGCUGCGGACCGGUCAACGCUUGAUAAUUUGUCACGCGGC